AUGUUCAAUAAAGAUUAUUUGUCCAAAAUACUCUACUUUCAACGACUAAAAAAUAUUACAUCUGAAAAAGAUUAUGAACCCAUACUAAUGAGCUUCAUCUAAUAAGCUAAACUUCAUUAUUUGCCCAGAGAUAGAUUUGUGUUUAAAUACAAGUUAAAAAUUGAUUAUUUUCUGAUUCUCCUUAAAGGCAGAUGUUUAAAAUUAAUACCGAAGCCUCUUGAUUAAAUUACUUAAGAGAUAAAGGAUUUAGAAUUGAAAUAUCCUGGUAUAUAGCGACUUCCAUAAAAUUUUUAUUUAAAUCCAACAACUAAAACUCUUUACUAUAAGGGUAAAGAAAAUUAUCCGAAAGAGAAUCUAAUAAUCCUAUAAGAUUAGUUAAAUCAAUUGAAUAUUCAAUCAUUCUAAAUGUUAAGUUUGAUGGCACAUCUCAUUGAAGGACAUGUAGUUCGAUUUCAAAGCGGUCACAUUAUUGAUGAGAAUGAUGCCCUUGUAGAAUCUAUAACAAAAAAUGCUUAAUGUACAAUCAUUACGUUAGAUAAUUGUGAGUUUCUACAAUUAUAAGUUCAAUAAUAUUUAGAAAUCAUUGAAACCUCAAAAAGAAGAAAGAAUGAAAAAAUUGAAUAUUUAAUGUGUCGAGCAUUUUAAGAUGGAAUUAAAUAUCCUGAUUUUAAGAGAGUUCUUCAAGAAUUAAUCAAUUCUUCAGAAAGAUUAAAACUAUGUAAUCACCAAAAUCUGUAUACUUUUGAAAUGUAAUCUCAAUAUGUGUAUUUAAUAUUAAAAGGAGAAUUUUAUGUUUCUUAUAGCAGUUAUAAUAAUAAUUUUGAAGUUUAAUUUAGUGGAAGUGAUACUCAAUAUGAUAGAUUCAAGAAAACAUUAAGACAUGAUUAAAAACAAAGUAAACAAUUAGUUCGUUAUCCUAUUCAAAUUAAUGAAAGCACUUUUGAUCUUUUGAAACAAUAAAAUAAAUUAUCUUAGAGAGAAUAUAUAUUAUUAAAAUUAGGACCAGGAUAAUUAUUAGGUGAGGAGGAUUUUAAUCAUGAUUGUUUCAAUAAUGUUUAUCAUUCAUUUAAUUGUUAAUGUGUUAGUGCAAAAGGAAGUGUUCUAGCAAUAAAAAAAGUUGAUGUCUAUCGGAUAUGUAUAGUUAAUGAUUGGUUUGCAAAGCUUUUUCAUAAGAGAUGUGAAAUGAAACGAAAAUGGCUAUAAGAAAGAUUUGAAAACCAUUUUAAUAAAGAUAUAUAACAUGAAAUAAUGAAAAAGAUAUAACCUGAAAAAACUUAAAGAGUAGAUGAUUCUUUAUUCUUAAGAUUAAAAUUUUUAGAUGAAGAAGCUACAAAAUACAAAACAACUAAAAUAUAAAAAACCCAGAUAUCUCCAGAAAGAGAUCUUACUACUCGUUGUAAUCAAAGAAAAUUAGCACUAAAAAAAUUAAUAGAACAUAAUAGAAAAUCUAAUCCUAAUAAUGAUCCUAAUUGUAUUGGAAUGAUCUAGUAUCUAAUUAAACUUGAUCGACAUAAAUAGAUGUUACUACAACAUUCUAUAAGAUUAGCAUUAGGAUCAUAGAUGACUAAAUAAAGAAAUGUUUCCCAGCAUACUUAAGCUAAUGAUCAAUCAAUUAGUAAAUCUAAAAUAUCCCCUCAAAGGACAUAUUCGUAUAGAUUAGGAAGAAGCAAUUCAAUGAUUAGUAGUGUUAUUAAUUAUAAAAAAUGA